AUGGUUAUUUUAAGGCGUCAGGCUCCAGGAACAGAGGACUUCAAUCGGAACUGGAAGGACUAUAAGAAUGGAUUUGGCGACUUAAGGGGAGAAUUCUUCAUUGGGGUGGAGAAACUUCACCAACUGACUAAGGAUAAAACACACGAACUUUCCGUGAAGCUUGAGGAUCCUAAUGGAAUUACUGCGUUUGCUGAUUACAAUGAAUUUGAAAUCGAUAGUGAGCAGGAAUCCUACGCUCUUAAAUCGUUGGGAAAUUAUUCUGGUACUGCCGGAGACUCCUUAAAUCCGCAUAAGGGAAAGAAGUUCACCACAUUUGAUCGUGACAAUAGCGGUGAUCAGAAUACAUUAAAUUGCGCCGAAUAUUUUAACGGUGGUUGGUGGUACUACAACUGUUUCCACUGUAAACUUACUGGAAAAUACUACAAAGAUGGAACAUCUCCGACUGGUUAUGGAAUUCAUUGGAAUGGCUUUCGUAGCGACAAGAUUUCGCUAAUAUUAGCUGAAAUGAUGAUUAGGCCCAAGUCCUUGUGA